AUGAUGAUGAAGAUGAAGAGACUGUUACUGCUGCUAAAACCCUUAAGUGUAUCUUCACCGCCUUCCCACACCCACCCUCAGAUCUUACAGUUCUUGGAGAAUAGGCGUAAGGUACACCAUGAUGCAAUAAACUUUUGUCAAGCUAUUCUGCAAAAAAAGUUAGUUGAAUGGAAAGCCGUUCUGCGUAACAAUUUGUCACAGCCCAUCAAUAAUGUGGAUCUAGUUGUUACAGUUGGCGGUGAUGGAACUCUUCUGCAGGCUAGUCAUUCAUUGGAUGAUAAAAUCCCUGUUCUUGGAGUGAACUCUGACCCUACAGAGAUUGAUGAGGUGGAGCAGUUCAGCAGUGAAUUUGAUGCUACCAGAAGCACAGGCCAUCUUUGUGCUGCUACUGUUGAAAACUUUGAACAAGUUUUAGAUGGUAUACUUGAAGGUCAAAUUCUUCCUUCCGAGUUAUCAAGGAUCAUGAUAUCUGUUAAUGCACUACCCUUGUCAACUUAUGCUCUCAAUGAUAUCUUAGUUGCACAUCCAUGUCCUGCUUCACUUUCCAGGUUCUCCUUCAGAAUCAAAGAGGGUGACAAGCCAUGUUCCCCUCUUGUUAACUGCAGAUCAAGUGGUCUACGAGUUUCAACAGCUGCUGGUUCAACUGCUGCAAUGCAUUCUGCAGGUGGAUUUCCGAUGCCAAUUUUAUCACGGGAUCUCCAGUACAUGGUAAGGGAGCCUAUUUCACCUGGGGCGCUCUCAGAUUUUAUGCAUGGAUUAAUCGAACAUGACCAGACAAUUGUUGCUACAUGGACUUGUAAAAAAGGUGUGAUAUAUAUCGAUGGUUCUCAUAUCAAACAUACCAUCCAAGAUGGAGAUACCAUUGAGAUAUCUUCCAAAGCACCAGUUCUGAAAGUUCUCUUGCCUCAUCAUUUGUUAUAUCUAGGGAAGAGGACAACUAAAUUCACUGCAUAUCCUCAACGAGAGAGUUAG